AUGUCUCCCUCGACAGCUGCAGAUGGUGCUAGUCCUGCACUAGAGCCUGUCUCCGACCUCACACUCGCCUCCUCCCCCGGCGUGACACCAGCGCUAGCGCCUACUCACUCGCCCAAAGGCGCCCGCUUCUGGGUCAUCCUCCUGUGUCUCCUCUCCGGCACGUUCUUCGGCGUGCUCGAAGCGUACGCGGUGUCGACAGCGCUGCCGGUCAUCGUGAGCGACCUGCACUCGGACCAGUUCUUGUGGGUCGCGAGCGCGUAUGCUAUCUCGAGCACUGCGCUUCUGCCGCUGAGUGGCGGGCUUGCUGAGGCAUACGGCCGGCGCCAGGUGAUGCUUGGGGCGAUCGCCGUGUUCAUCCUCGGCUCCGCGCUCUCUGGCGCCGCACAGAGCAUGAAUAUGCUCAUCGCUGGACGAGCUGUUCAUGGAGCGGGCACUGGCGGCAUACUCACGCUCUCGCAGAUCAUUCUGUCCGACAUGGUGACCCUGCAGGAGCGGGGCACCUACAACGGUCUUUUCGGUCUAAUCUGGGCGUUGGGUGGAGGCGUUGGACCAGUCGUAGGAGGUGCGCUCGCGCACCAUCGAACUUGGAGAUGGCUCUUCUACCUCAACGUACCUGCGGGAGGCAUUAUCGCGGUCCUCUUACUCCUCACCAUGCGCACGCCGACGCGCCAGCCAAUAUCCGGGACGUCGUGGCAGAUAUUCAAGCGGCUUGACUGGCUAGGAAACACGCUCCUCAUCGGGGCGUCGUGCGCGUGCGCGAUCGCCUUGACAUGGGGAGGGGUCCAGUUCGCGUGGACGUCUGCGAGCGUGCUCGUGCCGCUGUGUCUCAGCGCGGUGGUGUUCUGCGUGUGGGGCUUGUACGAAUGGCGAUUUUGUUUGCACCCUAUCGUGCCCGCACAUAUCCUAUCAAACAGGACAAGCCUCAGUGGAUAUGUGCAAAUAUUCCUCAUUUCAUUCAUCAACCUCCUGCUUAUCUACUACCUCCCGGUCUACUACCAAGCAUGCAAAGACGCCUCCCCAACCGCCUCCGGCAUCGACCUCUUCGGGCUCUGCUUCUCCACCGGGCCCAUGGCCAUCAUCGCGGGGGUGAGCGUCGCCAAGUCCCGCCGGUACCGCCCGCAGCUCUGGACGGCGUGGGCCCUCGUCAUGGUCGGCGUCGGCCUGAUGAGCACGGUCACCGAGGACACCGCGCGCGCAGCGUCGAUCGGCUUCCAGAUCAUCAUUGGGGUCGGCGUCGGCAUCCUGUACUCGGCGACGUACUUCCCCGUCCUCGCGCCGCUGUCCGUGACAUCCAACGCGCUCGCACUCGCGUUCUUCAUCUUCCUGCGCUCCUUCGCCCCAAUCUGGGGUGUGACCGUCGGCGGCGCGCUCCUCCAGAACCAGCUGCGCGCACACCUCCCCGCGUCCGUGCAGGCCGCGCUCCCCGGGCUCGGCGACAACGUCACGUACGCGGUCAUCCCGCUCGUCCGCGGGAUGGCGCAGCCGCAGAAGGACCUGACGCGCGCCGCGUUCGCGCACGCGCUCCAGACGCUGUGGCGCGUCGCGAUUGGGGUCGCGGGCGUCGGGCUGCUCGCGAGCGUGCCGAUGCGCGCGCUGCCGCUGCAUACACAGAGGGACGAGAACUGGGCGGGUGGGGAGGGGGCAGGGGCGAAGGCCGAGAAGGAGGACUUUGAGCGGGAUGAUGCGGAGAAGCCGCAGGAGUGA